AUGGACCGCACAAAAUACCUCGACAGCCUCAAAGGCCUCACCGCUGUCAUCGUCGCCUUCGACCGUCUGUUUCUGAACGACCUCAACCUCCCCUUCCGGUCGUACUGGGCCGAACCCGCCUCCAAAAACCGCGUAUGGCUACAAUUACCCCCCUUCCGAAUCGUAUUCGCGGCACAUGCGAUGGUGACGCUUUUCUUUGUGAUUUCGGGGUAUGCGGUUUCGAUUAAUUUGUUGCGUGUGCGACAACAGCGACACCAGGCCGAUUUCUUGGGACAGGUUGCUUCCGCUGCGACACGCCGGGUUUUUAGACUGUUCUUGCCCGUCGUGAUGAUUGCAUGUGUGUCUCAGUUUUUGUUUUGGGUGAAUUUGUAUAGUUUUACGUCUGUGGAAAUCAAGCAGUUUGUUGCGGAGCACAAGAUUAAGCCCUGGAGUGCGCCGGGGGGUCAUCUAGCGUUUUUGUUUCGGUAUUUGACCGACAUCAUAAACCCAUUCGGCGCGUUGCAGUACAAGGACGUAAAUCAUGGGUUGAAUGAACAAUUCUGGACGAUGCCGGUCGAGUUUCGAGGGUCGUGUUUGGUGUAUUUCCUGGUCACGGUUAUGGCGCCCUGGAGAGCCCAGCGCAGAUUGAUUGUGUUGGCUGCCUUGGCGAUUUAUCUUCUGUGGUAUGGCAUGUGGGAUGUUGCGACGUUCGUGGCUGGGUUGUGGUUGGCGGAGAUGAAGGUCAAUCAGGAGGCUGAAGAGGGAUAUACGCCUCAUAAUCAACAUUAUCCAGACCCUGAGGAUGCUUCGGACGAGGAGAAUGUUAAUGGGACACUGCAGCCUGGUCUUUCAUGGUCUAUACCAUCUUCCCUAUCAUCGACACUUUCAAGUCUGUUAACAUGGAGCGGCCAAUUGCUCGCCGACAGCAAGAAAGCCCGCCAAAUCAUGACCCCCGUCACAAUCACCAAUCUCGUUCUUUUCGCCCUGGGAAUUCAUCUCAUGUGUCUCCCCUCGGGCAGCACGAGCCGAAACGAUGGCCACCUCACGACCGGAUACCGCAUCCUCCUGAUCCUGCAGCCCUCAACAUGGAAAACAUGGGAAGUGGUCCACCACAGCUGGAAAUCCAUUGGUUCUGUGCUGGUCAUUUAUUCGAUAAACAACUCCCCACGCUGGCUGUUUCGGCGGCCCCUCGAAGCUUCACGGACAUUACAAUACCUCGGCCGAAUCUCAUUCCCGCUACAUCUGAUUCAGCAGAUCGUAUACUCGCUAUGGCGUGAACCGAUUAAGAAUUGGAUCUGGAAGGAUCUAACGGGUUAUGCGUACCCUGGUGGACAGCUCGCGGAUAGGGAGCCGUUUGCGUGUGCGGUGAUGUGGAUGGGUGCAACCAUGAUACUCGGUCCGGUGUUGGUAUAUCUUUCGGAGGAGGUUGGACGGUAUUUUGAGGCCGCGAGCGUGGUUGUUGCCAGGGAGGUGGAGACGUGGUUGAUCUAA